UUACAAAUAGAAUAAUAGAUAUUUUUUGAAAAUAUGGGUAAGCAAUUUGGAAAUUUGGCUUUUAUAAGAGGAAUACUUUAUUUUCGACUAUCACCUUAUGAACAAAGAGCGUACGCUGGAGCAUUAACUAAAGGACUACCCAACUUUGUCCCGAGGACUUUGAUGACCUUACCAUUUUGGAUGCCACCGUUUGCUUUGGGCACAUUCAUAUAUUUCUACGUAGACGAUUUACAUCGGCGGUCGAAACGCAAAAAUCCAAAAGAUUACAUCGACGAGGUGAACCCCAACCCGCCGCCGCCGCCGCCUCCGCCACCUGUUACUAAAUGCUAA